UUUUACAUUUCAGAAAAGCCUCUUGUGAUAUAAAAGUCAUAAGUGUUUGUUUCUUUUAUGUCAUCAGCGAAACAUCAUAUCAUCUGAGCAGAAAUGGGUGAAAACAUAAUGGGAAGCACCAGCUUGCUUCAUGUCGGUGAUAUUGUGUCGUUGUACGCGGAAGGAAACGUUUCAGGCUUUCUUUCCACUUUGGGCCUUGUCGACGAUCGAACUGUUGUUUGUCCCGAAGCAGGUGAUCUCAAUGCUCCGCCAAAAAAAUUCCGAGAUUGUUUGCUCAAGAUUUGUCCUAUGAAUCGAUACUCUGCUCAAAAACAAUUUUGGAAAACAGCAAAACAAUCAACAACCACAGAUGCUUCACUUUUAAAACGUCUCCAUCAUGCUGCCGAAAUAGAAAAGAAACAAAAUGAAUGUGAAAAUAAAAAACUUCUCGGAUCGACAAUUCAAUACGGUUCAGUUAUUCAAUUAUUGCAUUUGAAAUCAAACAAAUAUGUCACUGUCAACAAGAGAUUACCUUCAUUAUUAGAGAAAAACGCAAUGAGAGUUUAUCUGGAUGCUAAUGGAAAUGAAGGUUCGUGGUUUUACAUCAUGCCAUUUUAUAAGCUUCGUACAACAGGUGAUAAUGUUGUCGUCGGUGACAAAGUCAUUCUAAAGCCAGUGAAUGCCAAUCAACAGAAUCUCCACGUUGCAGCAAAUUACGAACUUCAUGAUAAUCCUGGUUGUAAGGAAGUCAACGUUCUUAACUCAAAUACAAGUUGGAAGAUAACUUUAUUCAUGGAGCAUCGUGAAAAUCUUGAGGAUGUUCUUAAAGGAGGCGACGUUGUUCGUCUCUUUCAUGCUGAACAAGAGAAAUUCUUGACAAUGGAUGAAUAUAAAAGAGUGCAACAUGUUUUCCUUCGUACUACCGGACGAACGUCUGCAACAGCAGCAACAAGCUCAAAAGCUUUAUGGGAAAUUGAAGUAGUGCAACAUGAUCCAUGUCGUGGCGGUGCGGGUCAUUGGAAUUCACUUUAUCGAUUCAAACAUUUAGCGACUGGUUUCUAUUUGGCAGCCGAACUCGACUCCGAUCCAGGCUAUCAAGACACUUAUUGCUUGGUUUCUGUUCCAUAUUCUACUGACAUCGCUUCAGUCUUCGAAUUGGAUUCAACGACAAUGACACGAGCUGAUUCGUUGGUGCCACAAAGCAGUUAUGUUCGAAUGCGUCAUUUGACAACCAACACUUGGGUUCAUGCUACGAAUAUUCCAAUUGAUGCUGAUGAAGACAAGCCGGUGAUGAGUAAAGUUGGAUGUCGUGCUGUCAAAGAAGAUAAAGAAGCGUUUGCAGUGAUUCCAGUAAGUCCCGUUGAAGUUCGAGACUUAGAUUUUGCAAACGAUGCAUGCAAAGUUUUAAUUUCCAUCUCACAACGUUUGUCACAAGGAACGAUAAAUUAUAACGAGCGAAAAUCUCUCAUUGCAUUACUCCAAGAUAUUGUUUACUUCAUUGGUGAAAUGGAAAAUGAGCAGAACAAAAGUGAAGCACUUGAGUUGACUAUUUUAAGUCCGAAUCGUGACAGACAAAAGUUACUACGUGAGCAAUACAUUUUACAACAACUUUUUAAGAUUCUUCAUGGACCUUUUAAAUCGGACGGCGAUAAACCGGCUUUUAUGUCACUUGAUGAACUUGGCGACCCUAAGAAUGCACUCUACAAGUACAUAUUUCGUUUAUGUUAUCGAAUUUUACGUCUUAGCCAACAAGAUUAUCGAAAGAAUCAGGAAUACAUUGCGAAACAUUUUGGACUUAUGCAGAAACAAAUUGGCUACGACAUCCUUGCUGAAGACACAAUCACAGCUUUACUUCAUAACAAUCGAAAACUACUAGAAAAACAUAUCACGCCAGCUGAAAUCGAGACAUUCGUUGGUCUCGUUCGACGCAAUAUGGUGACUUGGGAUUCACGAUUUCUUGACUAUUUAAGUGAUCUUUGUGUAAGCAAUAAAAAAGCAAUUGCUGCGACACAAGAACUCAUCUGCAAAUCAGUUUUAAGUCAUAAGAAUGCAGAUAUUUUAAUCGAAACAAAUGUCAUGACUUCUAUUGAUUAUUGGCGUGCAAAAGGUGAAGACGAUUUCUUGGAUGACGAUGAUCAGAAGAGUCAUGAAGUUGUGCUUGUUUGGAACAAUGAAAAGCAAUUAAAAUCGUUAACUGAUUUAGGAAGAGGAUGGAAGAUGAAUAUUACUUCGGAUGUUGCAAUCAUCGAUUAUUAUCGACAUCAAUUGAAUCUCUUUUCAAACAUGUGUCUCAACCGUCAAUAUCUUGCGUUAAACAAUCUCUCACCUCAUCUUGACAUCGAUUUAAUUCUUCGCUGUAUGUCGGACGAUCAAGUUCCUUACGAACUUCGUGCUUCAUUUUGUCGUUUAAUGCUCCAUCUUCAUGUUGACCGUGAUCCACAGGAACCUGUAACUCCAGUGAAAUAUGCAAGAUUAUGGAGUGAAAUUCCUUCUGUGAUGUCAAUUUACGAUUAUGACAUAAGAAAAAUUCCCGACAGCAGUAAAGAUCGUGUCAAGGCUCGAUUCAAUACAACGAUUGCAUUUGUGGAAAAUUAUUUGUGCAAUGUUGUCAACAAAAUGUGGCUUUUCAUUGAUCAAGAUCAAAAUAAACUCACAUUUGAAGUAGUGAAAUUGGCCCGGGAUCUCAUCUAUUUUGGAUUUUAUAGCUUCAGCGACUUAUUACGAUUAACUCGAACACUUCUCUCAAUUCUCGAUUGUGUAUCGGAGAAUGAAAUCUCAACGGAAAUUCAUCUCGGUGGAGUUGAUUCGGAAGGUGGAGUUUUACGUUCGAUUGGUGACAUGGGCGCUGUUAUGACUUCAUUGGCACUUGGCCCGAAAACUCCAGUCUCAACUGUCAUUCCUUCAACGAAACGCUCAACAUCUGUUUCACAAUUAAUGAAAGAACAUCCGUUAGUAAUGGACACAAAACUUAAGAUUAUCGAAAUUCUUCAAUUUAUUCUCGAUGUCAGACUUGAUUAUCGCAUUAGUUGCUUAUUAAGUAUUUUCAAAAGAGAAUUUGACGAAUCUGAAACUGUAAGCAACGAAUCGGUAACAAUAAGACAAAAAAAUAUCGAUUUGGAGUUGAUUGGUUCACAGGCUGAAGGAAUUUUUGAUUAUAAGAAGACAUCAGCAAACCUUGAUCUCGAUGGUCAAGGUGGAAGAACUUUCCUUCGUGUUCUAUUGCAUCUGAUACUACACGAUUAUGCACCACUUGUAUCAGGUGCUUUGCAUUUACUCUUCCGUCAUUUUAGUCAACGACAAGAAGUUCUUCACGCUUUUCGUCAAGUUCAGUUGUUAGUGAGUGAUCAAGAUGUUGAAUCUUAUAAACAAAUCAAAACUGAUCUUGAUGUGUUGAGACAAUGUGUGGAGAAAAGUGAACUUUGGGUGUACAAAAGCAAAAAUCAAACUGAUGAUGAUCAGAACUCGCCCACAAAACAUGGAGACGUGAAAGAAGGCGAAGUAAAUCCAGAUCAAGUGCAAGAAUAUACAAAUAUUCAAGAAAUUCUCAUUCGAAUGAACAAACUUUGUAUUCAACAUGGACCUGGCGGUUCUAUUAAGCCAAGGAAACAUGAACAACGACUUCUUCGUAAUGUUGGUGUACACACAAUUGUUCUCGACCUUUUACAAGUUCCUUAUGAUGAGAAGGACGAUGAAAGAAUGAAUAAACUGAUGCAACUUGCUCAUCAAUUCUUACAAAACUUUUGUCUCGGAAAUCAACAAAAUCAGAAUCUUCUUCAUUCGCAAUUGGAUCUUUUCUUGAAUCCUGGAAAACUUUAUGCUGAAACAGUCUCUGCUAUAUUUAAAGACAACUUAUCGUUAUGUAAUGAAGUUGAUGAAAAAGUUAUUCAACAUUUUGUUCAUUGCAUUGAGAUUCACGGACGUCAUGUUGAAUAUUUGAGAUUUCUUCAAACGAUCGUUCAUGCUGAGAAUCAAUUCAUAAGAAAAUGUCAAGACAUGGUAAUGCAAGAGUUGGUAAAUGCUGGUGAAGAUGUUUUAAUCUUUUACAAUGACAAAGCAAACUUUAAUUCAUUAUUGGAAAUGAUGAAAACGUACAAGGAAGAUGCAGUUGACAGUUCGAAUUGCAUGCAAUAUCACAUUGAAUGUGUCAGACUUUUGGGAUGUUGUACGAUGGGCAAGAAUGUUUACACAGAAAUUAAAUGUAAUAGUUUGCUAGCUCUUGAUGACAUUGUGUCGAUUGUUUGUCAUCCUGAUUGCAUUCCGGAAGUGAAGAAAGCUUACAUUGACUUCCUUAAUCAUUGCUACAUCGACACCGAAGUGGAAAUGAAAGAAAUUUAUUCUUCCAAUCACAUGUGGAAUAUUUUUGAGAAGAGCUUCAUACCCGAUUUGAAUCAUGUCAUUGUUCAUGGCCCUGAAGAAAAUACUUUGGAAAAUUAUAUUUUCGCUGAGAUGAUGACGAUUCUGACAACUUUCUUCUCAUCACCUUACAGCGAUCAAAGCACUUCAAUGCCACACAGACAUGUCGUGUUUGUUGAACUCCUUCAAAAGGUUUGUGAAGUCUCUCAACUCUCAUUCAUUACAGCAUCACAAAAGUUUUCUGUACAAAGUUGCAUCAAAAUUUUAAUUGAUGUUGCUAAAACUCGCGCUAUUGAAAUACCUUCGGAGUUGGAAAGUUUAGUUGAGAAUAUGUUCAGUAAAACUGCAAUGCUUUCACGACAAACCAGCAAAUGGUUGUUGGCAACAAAACAAACGAAAAUUGACCGUCAACAAAGUCAACCGAAACUUGAUCGAAGCAUCAUUGAAGGUUUGCAAGACAUCGUGAGUUUACUUGAAGAUCAACUAAAGCCAUUAGUUGAAGCUGAACAAAGUUUGUUGGUUGAUAUUCUUUAUCGAUCUGAAUUGCUUUUCCCUGACGGUUCUGAAUAUCGUAAGCAGUGUGAAUCUGGUGGAUUUAUUAAACGAUUAAUUAAACAUGCGGAACUUCUUCUCGAAGAGAAGGAAGAAAUGCUUUGUGUUGAAGUGUUAAGAACAUUGAGAGAAAUGAUGGCAUUGGAUAUGGAUUAUGGAGAGAAGGGCGAUAAAUUGCGACAUAAUUUACUUGAACGUUAUUUUGGUGAUCAAUUUAUGAAGAAAAUGGAUUCAGUUGGAAAUCUGAAGCUACAAAAUAUUACAGCAAGACAAGACACGAGUGGAGCUGUUGUUGGCAUUGCAACUCAUGGACCUGGAGCGAAGUUUUUGAGUCGCGCUGCUCAAACACUUUACGAAGUUCAGAAUUUACUUGACAAGGAAGGUGCUGGCGAUUUGGUUGUUGAACUUGUCAUAAAGUCAAUUAAUUCACCAUCAAUUUUCGUUGAAGCUGUCGAGUUGGGAAUUGCUCUGCUCGAAGGUGGCAAUAAUGUCAUUCAACGCGGAAUGUUUAAUAAAUUUCUUGCUCUCGAUCCAUCGCAAGCAUUUUUCCGUGUUUUCUAUGAUAAAAUGAAAGAUGCCCAGGUUGAGAUUAAAUCAACAGUCACUGUCAACACAACUGACAUCGCUGCAAAAGCGAAUGAAAAUCGAGAAUAUCAAAGAGAUGUUGAUCGUGUCAGUCGACGAACAGCUUCAUUAAAAUCAAGUGGAAUUAUCAUAACUGAAGAGUUUCGUGAUGAAUUGAACAAUGCUGGAAUAUCAACAGCUCGGGCAUUUGCAGCAGCUCGAAACUUCAACGGUGUUGAUGACAUUGGAAGUUCAUUAAACACGAAUUUUGGGAAUGCGCUUGAAGAUAUUUUAGCGGAGAAAUUAGAGAAACACAAAGAUAAAGAUCAUCGAGAGAAGCUUUCACCGAAAGUUUUAGUGAUGCAGCCAAUUUUAAGAUUCCUUCAAUUGUUGUGUGAAAAUCACAAUCCCGAACUUCAAAAUCUUUUGAGAAAUCAAAACAACAAAACAAACUACAAUCUCGUAUCAGAAACUCUCAUGUUCUUAGACUGCAUUUGUGGAUCAACAACUGGCGGUUUGGGUUUGCUCGGCCUUUACAUCAAUGAAAAUAAUGUUUCACUUAUAAAUCAAACACUCGAAACAUUGACGGAAUAUUGUCAAGGGCCGUGUCAUGAGAAUCAAAAUUGCAUUGCAACGCAUGAGUCGAAUGGCUUGGACAUUGUCACAGCUUUGAUAUUGAAUGACAUCAAUCCUUUGGGAAAGAAUCGAAUGGACUUGGUUCUUGAGCUGAAAAACAAUGCAAGCAAACUUCUUCUUGCCAUCAUGGAAUCUCGUGGUGAUUCUGAAAAUGCUGAAAGAAUUCUUUACAACAUGAAUCCCCGUCAACUCAUUGACGUUGCUUGUCGUGCAUAUCAUCAAGAUUACUCGAAUGAAUAUGACGAUGAAGAAACGGAUUCAUUUGAAGAUAUUUCAGUGUCGCCUAAGGAAGUUGGUCACAACAUUUACAUUUUAUGCCAUCAACUUGCGAAACACAACAAAGAGUUGGCACAACUUUUACGUUCAACUGACAACUCGAACAUUGAUCCGAAGAUUCAGAAAUCGCUGACAUUUUAUGCUUCACAUACAGCACAGAUUGAAAUUGUUCGGAAUGAUCGCACAUUGGAGCAAAUCGUCUUUCCAAUCCCAGAAAUUUGUGAAUAUCUUACACAAGAUACAAAAAUUAAAGUUCUUCACACAUCUGAAAGAGACGAUCAAGGAUCGAAAGUCACCGACUUCUUUGAACGAACAGAAUCGAUGUUCAAUGAGAUGAAGUGGCAGAAGAAACUUCGUGGUCAACCAGCAUUAUUUUGGGUGUCAUCUUACAUGUCACUUUGGGCCAACAUUCUCUUCAAUUGCGCUGUUUUGAUCAACGUCAUCAUCGCUUUCUUCUACCCCUUCGACACUGUCACAAUACCUGAAUUAAGAUUUCACAUUUCCUUCGGCAUUUGGUUAUGUUUCUUUAUCGCAUUCGGCUUGGUCAUCAUGCGACCGCGAAAUUCAACAGUUCGAGCAUUGAUUGGAUCGAUAAUCGUUCGACUAAUUUUCUCAAUCGGACCGGAACCGACGCUUUGGGUUUUGGGAAGUUUAACUGUCAUUAUGAAAGGCGUUCACAUUGUGUCGAUUAUGGGCAAUCAUGGAACGUUGGAGAAGCAUUUAUGGAAGAUUCUAACAGAUGCUGAACUUCUUUAUCAUUUCGGAUACAUGACAUUUUGUGUUUUUGGAAUGUUGCUUCAUCCUUUCUUCUUUUCCGUUUUGCUUUUUGACGUCGUUUAUCGUGAAGAAACUUUAUUGAAUGUGAUCAGAUCGGUAACACGAAAUGGAAGGUCAAUUAUUCUUACUGCUGUCUUGGCACUUAUUCUCGUUUACAUGUUCAGCAUAAUCGGAUACAUUCUCUUUAGAGAUGACUUUCUUGUUCCUGUUGACGAAGAAUUAAUUGUGUCGUGUGACUCAAAGUCAGAAGGCUUGCGGUCAACUCUCAUAUCAGCAAUGAAUCGAAAUUAUUGUGAACAAAAGUUUUUGGAAUCAAAAGAACAAUCGGAAAGUGCAGAGAAAGAACGAGCUUGUGAUUCUCUUCUUAUGUGCAUUGUAACGACUCUCAAUCAAGGGUUGAGAAAUGGUGGAGGCAUUGGCGACAUUCUUCGAGCGCCUUCAAGUAAAGAGCCGCUGUUCAUGGGUCGCGUCUUGUACGAUCUUCUCUUCUUCUUCAUCGUUAUCAUUAUCGUGUUAAAUCUCAUUUUUGGUGUCAUUAUUGACACGUUUGCUGAUCUGAGAUCAGAGAAACAACAGAAAGAGUUGAUCUUGAAAAAUACUUGCUUCAUUUGUGGAUUGAAUCGAUCAGCGUUUGAUAAUCGAACAGUGAGCUUUGAAGAGCAUAUCAUAAAUGAACACAACAUGUGGCAAUAUUUAUUCUUCAUGGUGCUAAUUAAAGUGAAAGAUCCAACUGAAUUUACUGGACCGGAAAGUUAUGUUCAUGGAAUGAUUAAAGCGAUGGUUCUUGAUUGGUUUCCACGAUUGAGAGCAACAUCUUUGGAUACAGCUGAAGGUGAAGGCGAUCAGUUAGACAUUAAAAGUCUUCAGAAUCAACUUGAAAGAACUCAUGAUAUCGUCAGUCACUUAUCAGGACAAUUGAUGGAACUUAAAGAUCAGAUGACUGAACAAAGAAAGCAAAAACAACGUUUUGGUCUUCUUAAUCCAUUAGCCUCUGGUUCAUAUCAAUUUAAUAGCCAAUUUAUGUAGAUUUUAUUUUUCUAUUUACUUAUUUUAAUGUGAUUAUGACAUGCGACAGUCGCAUUUUAAACUCAGCAGCAAUUUUUUACUUAACAGAGAUCUUUACUUAAAAACGAGUUGUGUCGUAAAUUGUUUAAUAAAAAGAAUAUAAUCUUUUGUUAUUUAAA